AUGGCUGAAAUAGAACAGUUUCUUAGCCGAAACGACGAGGAGAAGCGGACUGAGGACGGAUAUGCAACGAAGUUGACCGAACGUUCGAAAGCAGUCGAUACAGUGAUGAGAUCUACGAGAGUUCAAGACGAAGAACGAAGCGAGUCUUCACAGUCUUCGACAAGAACAAGUUUAAGUUCGAAAAGUUGUAAAGGAGCGAAGCUCGAAAAAAUUUUGGCUGAAAAGAAAUUAGAACUGUUGAAAAACGCGAAGGACAAAAAACUAAGAGAACAAUGCUUGAAACUUGACAAUGAAAUUGCUGAAGCCGAGGACGAAGCGGCCCUUGCCCGAACAAAGGAACAGCUGUUUGAGCAGUUUGAAGAGACUCUCUUGGAUGACCUGGACCAGAAAUCUAAAGUUGAUAAGUCGCCGCCGAUAGUCGAAAGAGUUCUCGACCUAACAAGAAACGUGAAGACUUCAACUGAAAUAAAACCUCAUCUACCGAGUACUGAUGGAUUUCGAGACCCACCAACAGCUCCAAGCAGUCUGCGUAACCCAUUUACAGAACGAAAGCCAUUUACCAAUACCAUGUAUGGACGAAAGGAGGAGAGACACCCAGUCACACCAGUAAGACUCAGGGAAAGCUUUCUACCUUAUCAUUAUGACCUGUCCCCUUCGAUUACCGUUAAGUGA